AAGGAAUAGUUGGUUGCAAUGGGUUCGCGAUUGUCGCGGCUGUGCGGUAACGGGCUUUAGGUUUUUCUUAGAUAAUAGGGUUUGGUUGAGGGUUUUCGUUGAUAUGAGGGUCCGAAGUUACCACCGACUGGAGGAGGGCUAAAGGAGUGUGUGCUGCACACCGAGCAUUAGGAUGGCCCUAGAGGAUUCCCUUGAGGAGUUCCGCCGAUACUGGAGAGCAGAGAUCAGCGGGGCACCGGCGGGAGCAGAGCGUCCGGUUAGCCGAAAACGGGCACGACCAGGGGAAUGUUCGGAUCCCGAGAAGCAAAGCGAGGAGGAAGAGGUGCCCUGGAAACACCUUCCCGGCUCUCCUCCCCGAGAGAGCCGGGGGGAGCUCAGCCGAUGCCUGGAGCUUGCAGAAAGUCUUCUCGAAGGGAAACCCAUAUCGCCACCGGGGGCCCGGGAGAAAACAGCAAUCCGCCCCCCUAAAUCCACCAGCUUAGUAGAGCAACUCAUCGAUGAUUUGAAUGAAAUAAAUGAGAUUCCAUUCUUCGACAUCCAACUGCCGUAUGAGAUUGCCUUGCAAAUAUUUCAGUACCUAGGCAGAACAGAGCUGGGAAGGUGUGCGCAGGUCAGCAAGCCAUGGAAGGUUCUUGCAGAAGACGAGAUGCUGUGGUACCGACUGUGCCAAAUGGAGGGCUACCUCACGGAUAUCGGAGUCGCAGACUGCACAUCUUGGAAGGAAGCACUGAGAGAGAGCCGUACCAAAGAGAGCCUACUGAGAACGAACUGGAAGAACCGCAUUGGUGCUGUGAGCCAGCUGCACUAUGAACUGGGGAAGGUCCUGUGUGAUGUUCAUUCGUCAGACGGAGUUGUAAUUGCCGGAUACACCUCAGGAGAUGUUCGUCUGUGGGAUACACGUGUCUCUGACAAUGGUGCUUCUUUCCUGAAAUCCACCAGGGAUACUUCUGAUCUUGGACUAAACCCUCAAGUGUCCUUUGUGAGGAUAAAUGGGUCAUUGGCUGUUGUAGCAUAUGAAGAUGGUACUGUUGAUGUUUGGAGUCUUCUGAUUGGUCGAGAACCCAUCCAUCAUUAUCAGCACAACCAGAAAAUCCAGGCUCUUGCCCUCAGCCCAGAGAAGGCUGCUAUAGCAACAGCGUCCAGUUUCCAAGUUAAAGUGGCAUGUCCUGAUGAGCGGGGGUAUUGGCAAAAUACCUGCAACUUCCAGACUCAGAAGCUGGUAAACUUCCUUCACUUGGUUCAUGACGCCGGAGGACAGCCUGUAGCCAUAGCUGCUGCUGAGGAAAUAGUUUACCUUCUGAAGUCAGAAGAACCAGAGAAAAUACUACACUCGACGUAUGGCCAACCAGUCACCUGUUUGGAUGUUUCAGCUACUCAGGCAGCGUUUGGUGUCAAAAGCUAUGGCUGGUUUGCCAGCAGUGGUAACAAGAUACAGGUGUAUAACCUGCAAACAUGUCAGAGUAUCACAACCUUGGGUAACUCCACUGGAGACUUCACAUGCGUCAAUCUGAAAGACAGCCCGCCAUACCACUUGGUAACCGGAAACAGGGAUAGGAGGGUGCGGGUAUAUGACAUGCGUUGUAGCAGAGCUCUCUGUUCGUUGUAUGCUCACCACCUGGGGGUCUCGGCAGUCCGCAUGGAUGACUGGAAGGUGGUCUCUGGAGGCGAAGAGGGUCUUACCUGUGUCUGGGACCAGAGAAUGGGCACCAAACUUUGGGAGACGCAUGCCAGACACCCCGUUCGCCACAUUUGGUUCAACUCUCACAGCUUAAUCGCAGCAAACAUUCCCGAUGAGAAAAAUCCUCGCGGGGCUAGUAUCAUGGAUGAUGAUCUCACAGCUCACCGAAGGCACAGAGGAACCAUCAAUGUAUAUGAAUUUUCUGUGGAUCAAAGGUCUGUUGAAAGUGUCCUCCCCAUUUGCCGCUCCUCCUACAGCGAGAUGUCUGGGUAUAAUUAUAACAUAGGGCUGGCGGUGCCCUAUGACAAUGUAUAACGGUGCCAUCCAUCUGCGAGAGGAAGAUGAAUAUCUGCCCGAUGGUCAGCUUGCUCCAAUGCAGUGUUCUCAUUGCCCAGUGAUGCUGGGAAAUCUUCUCUACUCAGGGAAACCAGUGGACAUAUUUUUUUUUAUAACAAUACUGGUUGAGAAUUAUUUUACAACAAUGCUCAUCACUAGAACGAUGAUCUAGCAUAUACGUUUUUUUUAUUCAGUAUUUUACAUAUAUUUUACUUGUCCUUUUAACAAAUAGGCUUCAUAUGAGAUGUGGGUCGUCACACAAAAAAGAUGGUCACUGGACUGUGCAAUCAACCAAUAGGCAAUAAUAUAAUUGACAUACUAUGGAAAUGUGUACAAAGAUUUAUUAAUGUGGACUUUUUUGGUGAUAAAAUGUAAAUCACUAACAUUUCUGAAUAAAUUGGCUACAGUGGAGAGUUUCCUUUGGCUUCA